AUGUCAAAUAUAAUGGAUACGAAUAAUUCUGUUAAACCGAGUAGAGAUAGAGAUGAAGUAAAAAAGGACAUGUCAUUUAAAAACGAUGUUGUGUAUGAUUGUCAUCAAUCAAAACCCAAGUACUGUAAAUUUCUGCCAAAAACCCAGUCGUUAGAUAUUGUUGAUGAAACUUCAAUUGCCAAUAUAAAUCUAGACACUCAAAAUUGUUUUGAGUCAAUUAAUGAAGAAUUACUAACAGAUUUUGUCACGGAAGAGUCGGGUGCAAGGCAACCUAAAUCUACGACAUCACGAGAUGAAAUAAAUGCAACAUGUCAAGCACGACCAAUUUUCCCUAAUUUGAGUUAUAGUCCACUUUCAAGUCCACGAAUCAUCAGAAAACCUGCAAAAGAAUCCCGACGAAUCUCCAUCGAUAAAAAUGGUAGCUUUUUACAACUCAAUCAAUAUAAGCUUAUGGAUCAAAUUGGUGUUGGUGCAUAUGGCUUUGUGAUAAUGGCAUAUAAUGAGGAAGAAGAUCAGCAUUAUGCCAUGAAAAUUUUAUCUAAGAAAAAACUAUUGCGAAAAGCUGGUAUUGGCUUUAAUAGAGGUCAUCCUAAAAGAGGUGUUAAUAUAGAAACUCCGUUAGAUAGAGUGUAUAAGGAAAUUGCCGUACUAAAGAAAUUAGAUCAUCCUAAUGUUGUUAAACUUGUUGAAGUUUUGGAUGAUCCUGUUGAAGAUGCUUUAUACAUGGUAUUUGAAUUGGUAACUCGAGGCGAAGUACUUAACGUUCCAACUUCCAGUCCUCUUACCGAGGAGAGAGCAUGGUUUAUAUUUCGUCAAGUUAUUUUAGGAAUUGAAUACUUAUUUAUGAACAAUAUUGUACAUGGAGAUAUCAAGCCUCAAAAUUUGUUACUUGCAAAUGAUGAUGUUGUAAAAGUCGCCGAUCUCGGAGUAUGUAAUGAGUUUCUGGGCGAUGACGCACAAAUCGAUCAAAGAACUGCAAGUGGAACGCCUGCAUUUAGGGCCCCAGAAACUUUAUCAGGACAAAAGCUUUAUUUUGAUGGCAAAAAAGCCGAUAUAUGGUCAUUGGGAAUUACGUUAUAUUCGUUUGUUUUUGGAGACAUUCCUUGGAAGAGUACUUCAGUACCAAUUUUAUAUGAGCAGAUUAAGAGUAACGAUGUAACUUUUCCAUCGAAAAUCACAAUUAGUGAUGAUCUAAAAAACCUGUUGAUUGUAAUGCUUGAAAAAGAUCCAGAAAAGAGGGUCAGUUUGGAAGUUUUAAAGACUCACGAAUGGAUCACCAAAAAUGGACAGUUUGAAAUGCCGUGUCAAGAUGAUUGUACAAAACUUGUUGAAAUAAGUGAAGAAGAUAUUAGCACCGUAUUCAAAAGCAUUCCUAAGCUUGAUACAUUAAUCUUGAUCAAGAAAAUGUUAAAGAACCAUUCAUUCCAAAAUCCCUUCCUUUCAUCAGCUAUUGGAACUGGAACAAAUGUCGCAAAAAAUAUUGCAUCGCGGCUAUCAAAGCUAGAGAGAUUUCAAAAUAAUCGCUCGAACUCUGCGCCUGGAAAUUAUCAAACAUUUUCGCCAUGCAAUUCGAAAUCAUCUACCAAUGAGCUUAAUCAAACCUAACUGUCGAGCAUCACAAAAUACCAUUUAAUUCCUUUCAUAAUCUCUCUAAUUCCGUACUUUUUCAUUCAAUAUUUAUGCAUUUC